CGGGCCCGGCCGAGCUAGGCGGCGCGGCUUCCGCGCCAUGGGACGGUUGCUGACUCUGAGCUUGCUGGGGAUAGCGCUGGCGCUCCUGGGCGAGAGGCUCCUGGCGCUCAGCUGCAGCUUCAUCUGCUCAUAAAGGGAUGCCAGGAGGAGGAACAGUGUCUAUGCAACAGGAAGCAUCAGAGUUGGAGGAGGAACAUUUACUGACCCUUAGAGUAUUUUGAAAAGCAGCAUGUUCCCACCUCCACAUAAAGAAAGGCUCUUCAAAAACAGGAAUCGACUUAAAGCCUCCCGAGAAGUAGAAUCUGUAGACCUUCCAAACUGCCACCUGAUUAAAGGAAUCGAAGCCGGCUCUGAAGAUAUUGACAUACUUCCCAAUGGUCUGGCUUUCUUUAGCGUGGGUCUAAAAUGUCCAGGCCUCCACAGUUUUGCACCAGAUAAGCCUGGAGGAAUACUAAUGAUGGAUCUAAAAGAAGAAAACCCAAGGGCACUGGAAUUAAGAAUCAGCCGUGGAUUUAAUUUGGCUUCAUUUAAUCCACAUGGUAUCAGCACUUUCAUAGACAAUGAUAACACAGUUUAUCUCUUUGUUGUAAACCACCCAGAAUUCAAGAAUACAGUAGAAAUUUUUAAAUUUGAGGAGGAAGAGAAUUCUCUUUUGCAUCUAAAAACAAUCAAACAUGAGCUUCUUCCAAGUGUGAAUGAUAUCAUAGCUGUUGGACCAGCACAUUUCUAUGCUACCAAUGACCACUAUUUCUCUGAUCCUUUCUUAAAGUAUUUGGAAACAUAUUUGAACUUACACUGGACAAAUGUCGUUUACUACAGUCCAGAUGAAGUUAAAGUGGUAGCGGAAGGAUUUGAUUCAGCAAAUGGGAUCAAUAUUUCACCUGAUAAAAAAUCUCCAAAAGAGGGACCUCAGUCUGCUUCAUCUUUGAAUCCUCAUACCGAGCACAGCCAGUCACAAAGCACAUGGUACAUCUAUGUUGCUGAUAUAUUGGCUCAUGAAAUUCACGUUUUGGAAAAACACCCUAAUAUGAAUUUAACUCAAUUGAAGGUACUCAAGUUGGAUACACUGGUGGAUAAUUUAUCUAUUGAUCCUUCCUCGGGGGACAUCUUGGUAGGCUGUCAUCCUAAUGGCCAGAAGCUCUUCGUUUAUGACCCGAACAAUCCUCCCUCAUCAGAGGUUCUCCGCAUCCAGAAUAUUCUAUCUGAGAAGCCUACAGUGACUACAGUUUAUGCCAACAACGGGUCUGUUCUCCAGGGAAGUUCUGUGGCCUCGGUGUAUGAUAGGAAGCUGCUUAUAGGCACUUUAUACCACAGAGCCCUGUAUUGUCAACUCUAAAUGGUCCUUUUGCUAUGCAGGCAUGCUAUCUUCUCUUAACAAUUUUCUAUGAAUUGCUAAUUCUGGGGGAGUUUAACCAGCAUCGUUGACCCAGAAAUGUAUGACAUGUAUAGUAAAUUUAUUUCAGUAUUGAAAGCCCCCCUUCAGUUCACAUAGCACUUUUAACGCAAAAGGAAAGUGAACAGUUUUUAAAAUUGCCAAGUAAAGGUGAGAGAAGAGAGCUGCUUUCAGUAAAGUGAAUACACUUUGCAUAAAAUAAGCCUGCUUUCCAACUGCCAGAGCAUGAAUUCCACCGAAACGGGGUAGAUUAUAUUUCCUUAAAAUGUAAGUGACCUCAGCUCCACCAGUGUGACCACUGUGACUCAGAACUACUGAUAGGUAACAUGUUUUGAUGUUUUGUACUUACAUCUUUGUUUACUAUUAAAGAGUUGGAGUUAUAUUAAAGACUAACUAAAAUCCA